AUCGAAUGAAACAUAACCGUUGGUAUUCUUGCCCUUCAAGAAUUAUACCCUGUUUUAUCUUUGGACCUAGCCAGUUUGAUAGUAUUGUUUCCCUUCCGCCACUUAAUGUUGUGCUUUUCUUGUUUCUUCCCACGUUGAAUUCUAGGACAGUGCCAUGAGCACUCGCUUUAACGCGGACCAGCAUGACGGCCACGAGGGAAUGGAGGUCGACCCACGCUCUGUAUUUCAUAACCAUCACCAUGGCUUGGAACCGGGCUUCUAUACUACUGACAAGCUGCGCUAUGCCACUGCUAGCCAUAUGCACAUGACUAACAGACGAUUCUUCAUCGGACCAAUACCGAAGGGCUGGCUCCAGAGCCAUCGCAAGUCCUGGUAUAAGACGCGACUGAAGCUUCAAAAUUAUACCUCGAAAACGACCACCUUUUCCGCAGAGCGCGCGACCGCUCGGGAAACAGACCCAACCCCUAUCAAUUAUCUUCCCGACGCCCCUGAGAAUAAUGAGGUGGAACAACCGACCCAGCAUCUCAGGAACCUAUCUCACCCCCUAGGAAAGGGACAGGAAGGUUCCUUUUCUAGGUAUGAGGUAGGCGUUUCUGCAGACACUGAUGAAGAAAACCCCGUGGGAGAAUCAGCUAGUAUCAGACCGGACACACGAUCAGCAUAUUUUACGGCGAGGGAAGAUGCCCCUACACCUGCCAACACAGGACGUAUAUCCCCAGUCAAGCCUGAUCAAAGAGUGACCCGAGCACAGUCAGUCCAGGAGCGAAGGGAGCAGGUGCUGACUAUACCCAGUCAGAAUGAUAGUAGUCAGGCAUUUACUCCUAUGGUUUCUAGCGACGCUGGCUCCACGGCUCCACUGCUAAGGCCGCAGUCGCAAACUCAAGUCAAAGGGAAGCAGCCUAAUACGUCAUCUACAAACCUUGAACAACAAGAACCUCGCUAUGAGGACAUCAAUGAAGAUGGGAAUGAAUUGAAUGACAGACGACAACUAUGGCACGAUCAUCAUACAGCUCCUUUUUCGAAACUCUCCACCAAGUACAUGUUCGAUGAUAACUUGCUGGACAGACAACAACGAAUUCUAUCUAAAGUAUCGAACACUCAAAGGAUGGUUCCAGAAUGGAUUUAUCGGCAAAAAACGCAAGAAGGGGAGGCUAUCAAAGCGGAGAAAAUGCUUGUCCGUGUUGAGGAGACGAUGCAAGAUGAUUUACCAGAAGAUUACACCGAAUUCGAUAGUUUAAGAGUGGAAACUCGAACACAGGAUAACUGGAGAGAAUUUCUUGUCAUCUGCCGGUCAACAUCAAAUAAGGAUGCUCCCUUUACUUUACAGAUGUACAAAACGCGAGUCAUCCCAGAAAUACAGAAGGACGGCCGGAAAGUUAGCCCCCACUACGAAAUCUCUCUGGGACGAAAGAUAGCCAAGGUGAAUCUUUACUCAUCUUUGGAUAAAACAAUAGUGAUUUGGAAUCGGUCGAAGCGUGGGACGAACAUCUACAUAUUACGUCCAAAAUCCACUGCACAUGCCGUCGAGUGGUAUGCUUUUCUCACCCACACAUUGGGCCGGCGCCGCCCUUCUUCGCUUAUUGUAAAUGUUCCUGACCUCGGUGUCUCUCUCGAUUUCCCAAAUCCAUUCGCGCAGCCUCAACCAGUUCAUGGCCCUAAACAGCAAAGAGAUGAAGCUACACCCAACUUUACGUCAAUGGAGCAGUCCGCGUGCACAUCCAUAGUGCAAAGGUGUAUAAAAAAGCUAGAAACUCUCCCCGAAUGGGGCGAGGUUCUAAAGGAAUGGUCGAAUAACGAGAAAAUGGGUCUUUCCUGGAAACGAUACGAUCGUUUAGAAUGGGUGUAUGGCCUCAACGAGGAAAGGAUGCAUGGUUGGCUUACGAUGCAAGGCACCCAUGAGCUUGAGCUAAGACCAAGGCAGCACUACGAUACUUCUGUUAGCUACGGCAGCCAGCAAGAGGAAGAACCCAAGCCGGUCGAAGGUUUCCUAAUACGCCUUACCUCUCAAAAAGGUGUCCAUCAGCGAAUGAAUAAAAUGUUCUUCAAGCGUCUAUACUUCUUCAGCCAGGACCACUAUUUAUUUUUCUCCAAACCGUCGCGCUCCCUUCCACCAACACCUCCGAAGCUAUUUCCAUGUGAAUCUGAUAUCCCAUCAACCCAACAGAUAUUGGAUGAAAUGCCUCUUUCUUAUGAUAUAGAUCCCUUCCCUCUCCAGGGCGGAGAAAUUUCGUGGCUGUCUAGUGGGAACAGCGCUCAUCUGAAACGACAUGACGAAGAAGCGUACGCGCAAUUGCAAAGAAAUAUUCAUAAUCUCUCUCAGUCCGAAGGUUUUAUUAACCUUUGCCAAGUGCAAGAAGUGCGCCACGUUUCCGAUAAUUCAUCAACCGAAACAGAUGCUCAAUAUAGUCGGGGGCCUGGGCUCAACGAGUCUGCAACAAAUCACACAUCCCGAAACAACAGUACAGUCCGAUAUAAGGACGAGGUAAUGUUUGAAAUGCUUUUGGACAAUGGCCUAGUCGUUCGUUUUCAAGCAUAUAGCAGCGCAACCCGGGAUGAUUGGAUGAAGCAUCUGGAUGCUCUCGUGAAAUACUGGAAAGCAAGAACUGCAGCUGAUACAGCCGAGCUCAAGUCCACGAGGCAACGGAACCUUAAUUCGCUGGGUAUUGAUGAGGAGUUAGAAUCUGCGAUUGGCCAAUUUGCCAAAAAAUGGGAGGUCAAAAAGGCAGAGGCAUCCCCGUUAUUGCACAACAUGUGCUCGUUGUCAGGCUGUCGACCCAUCAAGUUUUUGAAGAUGUCUGGCCUUCUAUACAAAAAGCCUCGUCGCCACGGAACAUUCAAAAAGUUCCAUGUUGUGCUCACUUUAGGGAAGCUUCUAAUUUACCACAGCUCGUUGAGACGGCGCAAUGGCACUGAAGUAGCUCAUAUUCACUAUCAUCUCGAGUCCGUCAUAGAGCUAGAGAACUGUUACAUUUACUCCGGAUUGCUCACGGAAUCUGAUUUACUGUACGCAAAUCAAACAUUCGACAGUAACCACCCCGGUCAUCGGGCUUUGCCGCGUGUUUAUCUCUCCUCAGACCUAUAUACAAGCAGUGAUGAGGAUACUGCAAUCAGUUUUGUGGUUUGGCAGCCUUUACGAAAGAAUCUCUUCCGUGCCCAAGAUCUAGGUGAAAAGGGCAAAAAAAAGCACACUUUGAAGCAGGUCUCCAAGUUAGGCGUCCACGGACGGACUAUAGUCUUCAAGGCUCGGAGUCGAGUUGAGAAGGAUCGUUGGGUUUUGAGCAUUGCCUCUGAGAUCGAUGAGUUGCAGGAGGGUAAACCGGAAGAGGUCCGACUAACCUCAUCGCGGUAACAAUACUUGACCUCCAAAUAGCACUUCUGAAUCUAAAAAUUCGGGUCCGUUGAGAGGGUUUACAACGCAUGGUGUUUAUAUACCCGUUAGUUCUAAGAAUACGAUAGACUAAUAUGAAGAGUAAUCCGAUAUUUCC